GCUCAGUCUAAGCCGAGAACUCUGGGAGUAAAGACGUCUGUGCGAUAAUACCGAGUGAUUGCAUCUAGUAUAGGAAGCCAGACAACAACAGUAUUUGUUUAUAUUUCCACAUAUAGGCUACAUAUAUAAAUAAAUAUGAAAUCAGAGGCGUUGCACAAGUUUCUGGCUUUCUUUCCGCUGCUGAUUGCCUGCGCGUGGAGCCAGCCAUUGGAUACAACUCAGCAGCGUCAACAACCUCCGGUAGCUCCUCAAUCUGUUUUCUUUAUAAAAAAUAAUAUCAGACCGGAGGAUGCCCCAAAUUAUCAAAUUACAAUACCAAAGCAUCCCAAUGCAAAUGAACCCUGUCUUACGAUCACCUGGAAGACCAAUCCUGAUGGCACUGGACCCGAAAGUCCACAAAUCUAUAUGGGUAAUGGAUAUUUCGGAAUAAUGCCACCAGCUGAUCUUAACCAACAAAAGCAAUAAAAAUCGACCUACAUUGUAUUUAUUUAUGAGAAAUGUA